AUGUUACAGAGAAACUACACCACAGUCACCGAAUUUAUUCUGCUGGGGCUGACCGAUAGAGCUGAGCUGCAGCCUGUCCUAUUUGUGGUUUUCUUAAUCAUCUACCUUGUCACAGUCAUCGGCAACGUGACCAUGAUCUUCUUAAUCAGGAGCGACUCUAAGCUUCACACUCCAAUGUACUUCUUCCUCAGUCACCUCUCCUUUGUAGAUCUCUGUUACGCCACCAGUGUCACUCCCCAAAUGUUGGUUCAUUUCUUAUCCAAGAGAAAGACGAUUUCCUUCAUUGGCUGUUUGAUACAAUUCCACUUCUUCAUUGCCCUCGUGAUCACAGAUUAUUACAUGCUGGCAGUGAUGGCGUACGACCGCUAUAUGGCCAUCUGCAAGCCCUUGGUGUACAGCAGCAAGAUGUCCAGAUGUGUCUGCCUCUCUCUAGUAGCUGCCCCUUAUAUUUACGGUUUUGCAAACGGCUUGGCACAGACCAUUCUGAUGCUCCGUCUGUCCUUCUGUGGCCCCAAUGAGAUCAAUCACUUCUACUGCGCUGAUCCACCUCUCAUGGUGCUCGCCUGCUCGGACACCUACGUCAAGGAGACUGCCAUGUUCGUGGUGGCGGGUUCCAACCUCACCUGUUCUCUCGCUAUCAUCCUUAUCUCCUACAUUUUCAUCUUCACAGCCAUUCUGCGCAUUCGUUCUGCAGAGGGGAGGCGCAAGGCCUUCUCCACCUGCGGCUCCCAUCUGACAGCUGUCACUGUGUUUUACGGAACGCUCUUCUGUAUGUAUCUCAGGCCCCCUUCGGAGGCAUCUGUGGAACAGGGGAAAAUCGUAGCUGUCUUUUAUAUCUUUGUGAGUCCUAUGUUAAACCCUUUGAUCUAUAGCCUAAGGAACAAGGACGUUAAAAGGGCAAUAAGGAAAGUUAUGCAAAAGGAAUUAUUUACGAAAUAA